AUGUAUGGGAGAACAGCUUGCCAACUUGUGAAAGAAUUUGCAAGCGGAGAUAAGGGCCAGCUUGUGUCAUUCAAUAGUGACUUGUUUCAACAAGUUGUUGCAGAAUGCAGUCAACAUCACCUUGAGCUUCAGUCCUUGAUCAGGAAGAUACAGGAAGAAGGUUUGGAUAUCCAAACGGCCAGAAAUGCAGAUCACUACGGAGCCCUUAUCCAUCAUCUUGCUUUAGUCCGAAAUAAACGUUGCCUAAUGGCCUAUGUGUUUAAUCGAGCAGAAAUUAUACGAAACUUGUUAUGGAAGAUAGGGCAUGUACUUCCUCAAGAAAUUGAAGAGAAGCUUUGUCACACGGAGGAAGAACAUUUCAAGAAGCAUUCUACAGCAUUGAAAUCUUAUAUGUCGAAAGUGAUGGUUGAUCUGACCGUGGAUAUGGUACCACCAAAAGAUCCUUACAUCAAAGUACGGGUCCUUGAUGACAUUGGAGAUGGCAUUCUGCUUAGUGAUGAUAAGACUGCAAAUUUUGCUUGCCAUUCAAUGCACCUUCUGAAGCGAACUGAUGCCGAGCAAUUUAUCUCACGGGGCCAAAUGGAGGAACUCACGGGUUGA